AUGUUAAAUUCGAAUACUAAAUAACAAAGCUCAACAGAUAUGAAGCAGAAACUAUUAAAUAUUUUGUCAGAGAAAAAUAAUAAAGUUACUACCAAGUAGAAACCGUGCUCAAGUUUAGAUUAUUACUCAUUGUAAAGGAAAUUAUCAUAACGAUCUCAUAAAUUACCUGUUAAAAUGACUAAAUUUGAAAGAGAGAGGUGGCUUUUUGAAAUGCUAACUAAUUAGGAUCUUACAUAAUAAAAAGUUAAGGAGUAAGAGUUCAAGGAAAUAUAUGUAAGAACAACCAAAUUAAUUACAAGGUAUCGAAAUAAAGAGAUCAAAUGGAAUUCAAAAAGAGAAGCGUUAUAAAAAGAAAUCGGUUUACUUCGACUAUUAUUAUAAUAAAAUUGA